UCCUCCCCUACCCACAUCUCCUCUCUUAUAGACAGAACCACUGUCCUCUCCCCACUCCUCUCCUCCCUCCUCUCCUCUCCUUCCUCUCUCCUCCCUCUCUCCUCCCCUACCCACAUCUCCUCUCUUAUAGACAGAACCACUGUCCUCUCCCCACUCCUCUCCUCUCUCCUCCCUCUCUCCUCCCCUACCCACAUCUCCUCUCUUAUAGACAGAACCACUGUCCUCUCUCUUUCUUCUCCCUCUCUCCUCUCCUCCCUCCUCUCCUCUCCUUCCUCUCUCUCCAGCCAUGUGUUCCAGCUUAGCAUCACCUCCUCUUUCUGUCUGUUUGUUCCUCUUCCUCCUCCUCAGAGUAACCUUCAUCACAUCAACAGGAACAGAUCAGACAGACCCUGACCCUGGGCUGACCUUUGACUCCUGGCUGACACGGUUCCAGGUCGUACAGCUAGACGGGUCACCGGUGUACCCCCCCUGUGGAAGAAUCAUACUCACACCACCACCACCACCGACUCCAACGGUCAAACCUUCCACCACAACUAAACCUUACCGGGUGGUUGACAUAGAUGGGUCACCUGUGAACCAUUACCCGCCCUGCAGGGUCAUACCGGUGGAGCGACAACACCCGGACCAACACCCGGACCAACACCUGACCACAAGACCACCGCCAUCACAAGAAACGGUGAAAGCUAAAACCACAACCAGAACGACAGCUCCAACCACAACUACGACUGUGAACAGGAAAGACAACGAUAAACAACCGCUAUUCGCCAAAAAAGUUGGUCACCCCCUCAACCGCCGUUACCCAAAGUUGAACUUCCCCCUCCAUCUGGCCAAUAGCAGGCCAGCUCUGUCCAGCUACAAUUUGCUCAGUUGUUUCAGACUUCCUGCUCAUUGGCUGCUUCCUGGACACAGACUGCUCUCUAAGCCAAUAGGAAGGCUCCCUCGCAAACACAGCGGAACAGAUGGCAAGAGGAACAGAGACUUGGUGUCGUUACUGAAGAGGAGCAACAGACAGUCUGUCCUUCUGUCAGUCCUGAGGAGAGGACAGACUGACAGACAGAACAUUGUAGGCUCCUCUUCUGAAGAGAGGGACUAUAGAAAUAGAAUGAAUAGAACAGGCUUGGAACCUCUAACCCUGGUCAUAUGACUGGUAAACUCAUGUGUACAAUUGCAAUGGCUGCCUGGUAUUGCGAUGCAAUAAUUUCCAUGGUAAUGUAGAAUGUUCAUUGAAAUGAUGCUGAUUGUGGCUCAUGCAAUGGAAUUUAUAUUUUGUAGUGUCAAUUGUUGAUUCAACAAAUCACAGCAAAGUUUGAUGGGUACACUUCCUGCUUUUACUUCCUGCUUUGCUCCUGUGGGUUCACUUGCAAAGGACGCCAGUCCACCCAUUACGCAGGCAUAGACUUGAAUGAGGACCCACAUUCUAUUCAUUUUAAUUCUAUGUUACGGACAACCAGUUUAUUGGACGCUGGACAGAUUCAGAGACGGAUUCAUCGUCUGUCUCAUUUACAAAACACAUUAUAUUCUAAUAUAAUAAGUAUUAUUAUUACUAACCAUACGUGAGGUAUAACAGUGUUAACUGUUAUAUAAAAUGUCUAAAAUAAAUCUAUCAUAAAAUACACUGCUACAAUUCACUUCCUGUAGUAGUUGAGCUAAAACAUAAGCGAUGACAUUAUAUUGUAUCAUUGAUUACUAAGUGAUGACAUAUUGCAUAAUUGAUUGCUAAGUGAUGCAACUAUAUUGCAUUAUUCAAAUUUUAAAUGUGAUUUUUAAUACAUUUACAAAAAAAAUCUAAAAUCCUGUUUUUGCUUUGUCCUUAUAGGGUAUUGUGAUGUCAUUAUGGGGUAUUGUGAUGUCAUUAUGGGGUAUUGUGAUGUCAUUGUGGAGUAUUGUGAUGUCAUUAUGG